AUGCAUUUCACUUACACAACUCUUCUCUGCGUCGCAGCGCAUCUUGCCCUCGUCAACGCCGCAGCGCUGCCGGCCGCUAAAGACUACGCGGCCCACCAGCAGCACCAGCCACGCGCCGGCGGUGGCGGCGGCGGCGGCGGCGGCGCCGGUGGUCUCCUCCAGAUUCUCACGGACCACGGCAAGUACAUGGCAAACCCGGCGUCUGCCGAGGAGCCCAUCCCCGAGGCCAAGAACAGCGAGCUGCGCGAGACGCACCGACAGGCGCACAAGACCAUCUACGAGACCAUGUUGGGCGGCGACAAGGACAAGGCCGGGAAAGACAAGGAGGGGGCCGGGCAAGACAAGGAGGAGGCCGGGCAAGACAAGGACGCGGCGCCGGCGAAGGAUACGGAUAAGGCUGCCGCCGUGUAG